UGGCUGCAUUCACGGAAGGCGCCCGAAAACGCUUCGGAAAAAGGCAUCGGGGGCAGCGCGCGUUCGUGUCGCCCAUUGUUAUCCUCGUCGCGUGUAAUGGCUACCGUAGAGUUUGUUGACGGUGCUCGGUCUGCUUGUUCGCGCUACGGCCUAGCCUGAGCCACGGUGGAAGGCGACGUGGCCCAACCUGACGGGAAUAAAACGGUGAGAAGUCGUGACCCGCGAGCUACCGCCAAUUUUAUGCGACCGAAGGUACCCGCGCUUCGUACACCAGUCACCGCAGCCGCCACCGCGCUUGGACGACAUGAUCUGCGCGGGCCAACGCUGCUCAUUGACAAACGUGUAAUACGAAGCGGAUUUCGCGGCAUCCACAAGGGGUGAGGUAUCGGUGGUGUUGUGACCGGGGUUCAUUUUAGCGGGAUCGAACGUACUGAGGUGGUGCAUCGAGGCUCGAAAUCGAUCGCCAUUGAUUUUCCGCCGCGACCACGGCCCAACCGACACGAGGUACCCGUUCUCGGAUGUUGUAUAGGACGAUAGACCGAAACCAGUUGUCGGUGGUAUCGGGAUCAGCGGGAUUUAGUGUGACCAGCUGCGCGGCACUCCGCGCCGCAGUCAUGGCAACUGGAAGAUCACCCGUUUGGCAGUCAGACAUGUAACCCGCGGCGCCCGUGUAGACUAUCACAUGGUCAAAGGCAACACAUCAAUGGCCCUAGAAUCAAAUGGCAACAACGUGGUGUGGUUGAACACAACCCGUCCUGAUCAAAUACAACAGAGCCAACCGAUCGAGCAGCCAGUGAAGUGUUCCAUGUUUACUCAAACCGAGCAAACUAAUAGUUUUACUCAGACGGAGCAGAGCAAUUCAAGCUACGGAGAUCAAAGACAGCAGCAAGCAGCAAUGUUUGACCCACAACAAAUGCAGCAGCAGCAGGCUGCUCAGGGUCAACAGUCGCAGCAGCAGCAGUCACAGCAGAUGUAUGUCACGACUGACAAGAAGGAGGACAAAUCUCAGCAGCAGUCAGCUACUGCAGAGUUUCCCUUCUACUACAAUGUCAACAUGCUCCAGAAGGUUCAAACAAAUGUGGGCACAAUUGGCGCAAUUACUACCGACGACAAAGGUUGCUAUCGUUUUGACGUGCAACCUGUUGGGUACAACACAUUGUUGAAUCAGAUGAGUAUCGCGGCUGCCACCAAUGCUACCUUCAAGUGUGACAUCUGUGGCCUCGUGUUUGGACACAUGAGCUUACUGAAUCACCACAAACGGAUUCAUAACACAACGCCUAGUAAUCUUCAACAACAACCACAACAAGUCGUUGUACAAACACCAACAACCGUUACUGUUGCCACCACACCAGAGAGACCAUAUACCUGUGAUAUAUGUGGAGCCUGCUUCGCACUACCAGGAGAAUUGAAAAGCCAUAAAACAAACAUGCAUCAAAAACCGAAGGUGCAGAUUUGUGAAGAUUGUGGUAGUGAGGACCCCUGUGAACAUCAUCCCACUAAAAUUAAAAAGACUAUUAAACCUGGUCAUCAUCCGGUGAAACGAAGGGGUGUUACCAGUGUGACUAAAUGUCAUAAGUGUAAUGGCACAGGAAUAAUUUUUAUUGGUAAAGACGACGAUAAACUAGAUUCUGGAAUCAGUUCCCUCGCAAAGUGUGGCGCCUGCAAGGCAACAGGCCGCAUCAUCAUAGGAAGUGGGAAACAAAACAGUCAAAAUCAGGCAGAGAAACCGUUUCAUUGUAAUGUGUGCGAUGGAACAUUCUCCCGGUACUCGUCGCUUUGGUCCCAUAAGAGACUGCAUUCUGGAGACAAACCUUUCAAGUGUGAUAUUUGCGGCUUGGCAUUUGCAAAAGCCGCUUAUCUGAAGAAUCACGGAAGGGUGCAUACCGGCGAAAAGCCAUUCAAAUGCAGUGUCUGUGGCAUGCAGUUCUCGCAAAGUCCUCAUUUAAAGAACCACGAAAGAAUUCAUUCUGGUGAACGUCCUUAUCAGUGUGAAGUGUGUGAAAAAACAUUUGCCAGACAUUCGACCCUCUGGAAUCACAGGAGGAUCCACACAGGCGAAAAACCUUAUAAAUGUAGUAUAUGUGGCUCGGCCUUUAAUCAAGCUACACAUCUGAAGAAUCACGCGAAGGUCCACACCGGUGAAAAGCCCCACAGAUGUGAUAUAUGUGAGAUCGGAUUUUCCGAUCGUUUUGCACUGAAGCGUCACCGUGCUAUCCAUGAAAAGUACGGACAAACAGCCCGGAAUCAGAACGCGAACAAUCCAACAAACGCACAGCAACCGAAUGCGAGCAACCAGCAGCAACAACAGCAGCCCCAGCAGCAGCAACAGCAGCAAGGUCAACAGGUGGUCGUUGUGAACACCACGACUCCAGUCACCGUCAGCCAAGGACAAGGGCAAGCGGUAAUGCUCGAAGAAGUCUACAAGUGUCAGGUGACGUUCCCAGACUCUAAAUGAUUCAGCUAGAGAAUACCUUUCAGGAGCUGGUAAAGGGGUUAAUUUUUUAACCUUUUUGUAACGAGAUGAACGACGCUGAUGAAACCACAACAAAAAUCGAAACACAUCCCUAGAGUUAACAUUCAGAGACAAACAGACGGAUGCGCGUGCGAGAGUAUUGUAGGCGAGCGUGGUGUCCAAGGGGAGAGAGAGGGAGAGAACGAGAGAGAUAUGCUGCGAGUUUCCGGAGUGUGACUGGUGAGGCACGCUUUUCGUGAAGAGAUUCAGGUUCCGACAGGAGAGGAUUAUAUAUAAUCGGUGUGACAUACAGGACACACUCACACACAAAAACACAGUCGAUUAUAUUAUAUAUAAAUAUUAUAUAUAUAAAUAUAUACAUACAUCUGAAAAACUGAAACGCAUCGAGAAAAAAAGGGUAUAUCAGAAAAGAGACUUAGCGAUAUUUUCCGCGAGUAAUUAUGCACGAAGACACACGUGACUCGGAAGAGUGCGGCUCGUAUAAAAGAAAAUCGCUCGGAGAAAAGCAAACGAAGAAAAAUAAGUAAAGAGAACGAGGAAAGAGAGGUUGAGAUUUAUUAGAGCACAGAAAAUCAUGGACAAGAUAUCCUUUUUAUAUUUUCUCACUCGAGAUAGACACGUUUCAUUACUUAGACAACGUUCGACAUCGGAUUGGCUGAUCGAUCCCCGUUCAUUCUAACUAAUUAGUAGCCUCUUCCAAUUGAUUUUCACCGGCCGAGUUGAUACGAGAAGAACGCGGUGUCUCUCUCUUAUUUUAUAUUCGACGAAACCGGAAAUAGCUCGCCGUCCGGGUGUUCGCGGUUCGUUCUAGUUUUGAGGCCCAUUUAAUUGGCUAUUGUAAUUGUCAUCUGGGCGAAUCGACGAAUAAAUGACUUGCGUCAGGAACGCUCGAACCUCGGCCCUUUCUAAUCCGACCUUCUUGCGGAGAUGCGAAGAGGAAGGAUAGGAGCUAGUAUUAAUUUUGUGUUACGCUUCGGUCAUGUUCUUUCCUUUUGCCAAUUCGGUGCACGGUAGCCGAGGGAGAUCAAAGAUUUUGUUGGCGGAAGUCGUGGCGCGAAAACGACAUCGCGAUAUUUGCAGGCCCUCUUCCGUCCAGUCAUUCGGGAUCAGAAUAUACGGGAAGAAAAAUUAACAGGAAAUCUAUUUGGAUUUACUUGCAAAGAAAAAACGACCACGGUUAAAUAGAAGAAAGCAUCAAUGAAAAAUAGGAAUGGAGAGAGAGGAAACGAAAGGAAGAAGGAAACAAAUAAAAAGGAAAAAUUCGACAACAGAAGCAACGCCCACGCGACGAAGAAUUUCUAUCUCACCGGAGCUGCAAUAAUUAAUAGUGAAUAUCGACGGGCAGACUAAUCUGUUUUAUAAUUUUAAGACCGUGAACUAUAUUGAAUAUCAGUUAACUAAAAUAGUUGCUAGUUUGUAAACGGCAAUUAGCUGGCUAGAUUAUCUAUACAUAUACAUACGAUUAAUUUUUAUAUCCCCACUUGUUAGGAGCGACGAUGCGCGUCGCUGAAAUCUACUUUGAAUAAAAUAUUAAUUAAAAGGAGAAAAAAAAGAGAAAAAGAAUGAAGAUACGAGUAAAGAGAUAGAAAAGAUGGAAUCAAAGAUCGACUCGGUUUGUAACAAAUAAUAAGAAAUAUUAUUGAUAAUUGGUAAAAAAGGAAACAAGAAUUCGAUUGGUCGAUGAAAUCGUGAAGUCGACAAUGAUCGAGGAUUCAUUCGAUCUUAAAUAUCCUGUUCCUCGGAUGAUAUCAUUAUCGUCUUAAGCUGAUCUUUGUUUCCGCGAUAUCGGACCAGUUUCUCAUUUCUAUAGAAUUAUAGAUCAUCGGUCUUCGAAUCGUUGCGACGAAAUAACGCCCGAAUGAUUUUGUUGUACUAACAGUACGAUACCAAAAAAAAAAUGGGAAAAGGAUAACGAAUGAAAAUCACUGUUUUACAAAACGAAUCACCCUUAGGCACACGGGAAGACAGACAAUGGCUCAGUGAUGUCCCUAAAACAAACAAAAAAAUAAAAUACAAUUCUUUUAUACAGUAUAAACUCCAUUGAUCGUGAAAGAUAUCUCCGCUAGUAAUCGCGUCUGAUCACAAAGCGAUCGAGCCAGCAUGUUUGAAUCGUGUUCCGAUCAGUUCCCCUCGAGAAUCUCCGUCGAGAGUCUGUGGGAUAUCAUUUCUUUACGGGGGGAUUUCUCUGUUUUUAUCGAUAUAACUUGUAAAAAUAAAGAUAUGCUAAUUACGUUUAAUUUACUGUUAAUGUGGUCAUAAUACCUGCUACAGUAUUUUUCGAUUAGACUAGAGAUCUAUUUUGUUUCUGUGUUCCCCGGGUCACGUUUUUUUGAAGACGACGAACGACGCGCAAAAAUGUCAAUUUACUUUUUUCAUUGCUCUUGACUUUUUUCUGAGACGUAACGAGCGAACCUCAAUAUCCCGGAAAUUACCAUUUCUUUCGUUACAUUCUCAACAAACGAUCAGAUGUCGGGAAAAUUUUGUUUCGCUCCAUUUAUGUGUACCAUUGUUAUCUAAUUGACAGCUGCAAACCCAUUGCCAUUAUAAUAUAAGAUGACGUAAAAAUGUACGACUUUUAAGACUAAUUAAAAUAAGGUGUGAGAAGAUUUACAUAAAUGUUAACGUGCGCUCUGCUACUGUUCGAUGUAUCUUGGAAACUUCAUACUUCAGAACACAUGCUUCAAAUCUCUAUGUUUCGAUAACAAUGUCUCGAAGCUUCCAAGAUACGCGAGAAAAAUGCACACAUUAACAUUUAAUGAGUUGAAGAAUAGCAGUGCGAAUUUUUUCCCGAUUGAUCAGCAAAAUUCAAAAAUAUUUUUGGGAUAUCCAGGUUCCCUUGUGAGCGAUGCUUCUCUCAGCUUGCCAGUGCAAUUAAUUUCCUUGAAUUGUAACAAACGCAGAGACGAACACUCGGAAAAUGCUUGAGUCUGUUUUUGUAUUGUUUUCAUCGUGUUCUAGUUUCUUUUACUUUUUGGAAUUUACCCACUUUAGAGCAUGAUUUCGAGGUAGUGGAAUUAUAUUUAGCGGGCGCUUGGUAUAUCGAGCCUGUUCGACACACACACACACACACGAUCUUCGUAACUUUUUGUUUCAUUUGACGGCACCUUCGAUGACGUUUGUAAAUAAUGAUUAAUUAUAGGAUGUCUCCGGGUCGAAGACGAGGGCUCCGUUGUGUUUUUACCGAACGACUCACUUUCGCUCGAUUCAGCGACUAGAAUGCACGGCUAAUUGUAACGCUUCGUACAUUUCUAGUGUUAGGUCGUCCCAUCAAAUCAUGUUGUUUGCGUCUGUGAAACGGGAAGAAAAGUGUGCUCAUUUAUACCACAAUAACGACCCUAUCGAUCACAAAUUUUUUAUCGUUGCGAAUGCUCGUAAAAUUCAUAGUUGGACAAAACUAGGAAAGAAACUCAUUAUUUUCACAAUUUGACCAGGUUGAAAGCGAAAUUGAAAUUGUUUCAUUGCAUUUUCCGAAAUGCACACGUGCGAGAGAAAUUAUGUAAAACUUAUGUUUCGAUCGCGUAUCUGGAAAUUGUUAUUUAUAAAUUUAAAUUGUACAUGCAAAGAUAUUUUAUUUAAGCAACGUGGUAUGUUAUUAAAUAACAUACCUAUGGGACGGCUUGAUAAUGUCGAAAUGACAGCGGUUAAUUUGUUGCUGUUAGGAUAUUCAAGUGCGGGAAAUUUUAACCGAGAAAAAUCAAAUAAAAAUCACAACUCAGAUUUCUCUGUUAUAUUUGUGUUCUGUCAAUCUGCAAACUUUUAUGGAAACUCUGUACCACGAAAUUUCAAUGAUCGAUCGUUUACUGAAUGUCUUCGGUCGCAAUAAUAUCGACCUCGAGAUUACCGAUUCCUAUGAAUGAAAUUGUUAAUGUCGGUCUUCCUUUCUAUUUUUGAAGAAAGUAACGACCUUGAUUGAGCAUGAUUAUAGUUAAAUGAAUUUCGAGCCCUUUUCUUCGAACGGUAGAGAAAGAAACAUUUUAUGUACCGUACCUAUUUACGUUAAGAAAUCUGCACCGGUAGGUUGGUGGCGUUUGUAAGUACGAAAUAAUAGGUGAUUAAGUAAUGUUUAGGAAUCGCGUUGUGGGAAUUGCUGAAGGAGCCAUUUUCCUAAAAACCACAUCAAAUUUCGGACUGAGAAUGUUCGCUCGAGUUCACAUUUUUAAGCAACUACGAUAGAAAGUCUAGCUAAUUCGAUUGAAUUUUUCAUUUCAUUGACACACAUUUCGUGUGAGUAAACAUUCGCAGUCUGAUAGUAAAUGUGCAAGAAAAUUUCUUUUCUUCGGAAAAGUCGUACCAGUUUGUUAUAGAGUCUUUGCGGAUCGCAAAAAAACUGAUGGUUUUGCCAUAGAAGUUCAUUCCAUCAUGGUCUAUUGACUCCUUGCAAUUGCACCACGACCUUAGCUGAUAUUCUAAGCGAGCGAAACAAUUCGGAGCUUCCAUUUUAAUAAAACAAAGAAAACCACACUUGGAAGCGUCUUCCUGUGUCUCAUGGGAGAACUGACAUGUCCUGACCUAUCCGAUCGCUUGAGAUUUCGGUUGUGCACGAUUUUCCUGUGUUAGAUUGCGAACUUUACGACAACGAGGUAUACUUCGUCGGAUUUCGAGGGUCGAGGUUUCAGGGUCGUCGCUAAAUUGCGGAUUUUAUGCAAUUCGUGGAACACUGAAAAUUGUCUAAAAUUCGGUGUAGCAACAAAUUUAAUAAACUUUAAUAACGUUUUUAUUUUAAUCGAUGCUUGGUGAUUACGAGCGUAAAUAUAUAAACGUUGAUGGAACCUGUAACGGCGCAAGGAACAAAUUAUGUUCGCUAAAAUGGCUUCGAAAGACCUGUACUUGCAUGAACAUCCGCAGUAUAGUCAUCGUACACAGCUAAAACGGUCUUCGAAACGUGGAAAGAAAUUUCUCAAUUUUUCCUGGGUAAACUGUCACGAAGUGUUCGACCCUAAGAAAUUACACAAGAAAUUAAAUUGAUUCCGAAUGACUGACGGCUUAAUCGUGUCCGCCAUCUUUCGGAUUAAUUCUCGCCUGGACACGUGUACCAAUACUUUAGUAAAAGCUUCGCGGAUCAUCAGGAGUGCUUUCCUCGACUUUUAUGAGACGCGUGUCCAGAUGAAGAUUAAUACCGAUGCGCCGAGGCGGAGAAUAAUACGUAAAAUUUGUAUAAGUAUUGUAUAAGUCGUGAAAAAAAACGUGUACAGAUUUUCAUCCGUGCUCGAUUGGGAUGAAGAGAAAUAAUAGGCAAGAAGUAAGAGCCUUUUGUACAAACUUUCCAUCAAACUCGAUCUGGUUUGAUGCAUUCGCCGCCGCCAUGUUGUUUCGGAGCAGUUCUUCGUGGUUCUGCAUAAAAAAAACCUCCAAAAAGCGGUGAUAAAUUAUAUAACAACGAGUUUAAUCGACAGAUUAACAAAGGUUACGAUCAAUUUUUAAUCGAAUUUGUAAAUUGCGCUGUUAGAUUUAAAUGAUUUUAAUCAAAAUGAACGAUGCGAGUGCGGCGGCGAACGCGUCGAAGAAGAGUGCAGAUCGAACGUUGUGUUUUUCUGUUCUUCUGCUUUUGUUUUCGUUUUCGUUUUCGAACAACGAUGCUCAUCGUCUAGCCAAAAUGGAAAGAGAGAGAGAGAAAGAAAGAAGGAGGUUGAUUAUACACACGGUAUACGGUACACAGGAUACCAGCGUAUUUAGAAACAUAUUCGUAACGAAACUUAAACGGCGUAGAAGAGAAAGGAAAUCAUGAAUAGAUCUUAGAACAUAGAGCGUGCAAUUUUACCGAAGUUUUUUCUUCAAUUAAUGAACGAGGGAACGACUGGAGAUGAUUUUAAUAAACCGAUAAUACAGAUGAAAAAGAACAAAGCAGGAAAACAAGUAUGCAGUCCUAUCGCGACGACGUAGAUUAAUUUUUACAUGACGUUCACGCAUCAACACGUACCUACACACGGACACGCAUACACACAGACAGGUACAUGGACACACGUUGUAUGGGCAAUAAUUGCUGGUCAUACGAAUUUUUGAUAAUAAAAGAAACACGUUCCUAUUAAAUUAUCUGUUUAUUAUUGUUAAGUCUUCGAGAAGCGAUUAGAAAGUCGAUAUGUCUCUGAAAUAGAAACCGGAAAAUAGAAAAGGAGCGAGCCGAACUUUCUUUUCGAAAAGCGACGGAAAUAGUCUCUUUGAAAAAUGGCCUCUUUGUACGAUAAGCAGACGACCGAUAGAGACGGGCAAGAUUUAAUUAGCAAAAAUCAGCGGCCCUUGUGGAUGACUAAGUUUACUUAGGCCCACUUCGAUCCGUGCUUCGCAGAAACAUUCAAAAACAGCGUACAAAGCAUCAUAUCUUGUUCCAUUAGGUCAGUGCUCGGAAUGCUUCGGAAUGCAAUAUUGGCUCACAGCCGAUGGAAGCAAGAGCGCGAAUCGAGAGUAGUUAAGAGGCGGAGCCUAAUGUUGCGAUCCGGAGUAUGCAGAGCACCGUAUUAGGUAAAUCACAACGAUCGUUCGUUGUCGUACAAAUUUUGCCCGCCUCUUUGCGAAAUGGGAGAGAAUUUAGAGGAUUAUAGGAAACCUAAUUAAUAAUAAUACGAUGAAGUCUCGUAACUUUUUUAUCGUGAAAGAACGAAGAAGACGAAAAGAAACAUUGGUGAACGCGAGGAAACUACGUGAGACUGUGUAUCUGCGAUUGUAAGGCAAAACGGCACCAGUGUUUCAGAAACAAUUUAAAGUGAUUUUGUUUCCUUCGAAUUCUUUUUUAAGAAGAUAAUGUAUUCUAAAAGCAUCUUCGAAGCCGCAAUCACAAAAAAAAGGUCAAAGAGUACGUCGUUUAUAAAAAAAAUGGUCAGGAUUGCCUUACACCCGCAGAUUAACGUAAUUUAUUUUCAAGGUAUUUAUCGAGAUAUUUUUUCAUUUUUCAUUGUAAAGAAGAGAAAUUUUUGAAGAAUCAACGCACUUUCUAUAAGCUACUAGUAGGAUUGUAAAGUUAUAUAUAAAGGAAUAGAGAAAGAGGAACAAAACAUUGAAAUUGUAUGAUGGAGAAUAUGGGGGUUGAUAAGAGUAAUCGAUUUAUUUUCGUCCUUUCGCCGAAGGACCCUGAAACGUACCGGAAACCGUUGCUCCGCGAGCGUUGUAAAUGAUGUUGUACCAUUUCCCGGUGUUUCCAUUGUAAUUAACACAAUGAAAACACCGAGAACAAUCUCACCGGAGGAUGUAGUUGAAAGAAAUACUAGAGAGAUUUUACUUUUUAUCGUGUAAAACAUGGUGUAGACGAAAGCGACUGUACUCCGCUAUGCGCCAUCAUUGUAAAAAUUAAGUUUCAAUCUUCCGUUUAUCUUCGGCUUCGACUUUCGCGAGUUUUUUAUUCGAAACGAGUUCACGAGAAACAAGGGAAACGAUUAUUGAGCGUUUCUGUUUCAAUAGGAUGUCGCAAUCCGUAGAUCGUUUGCGAGUCGAAUCUAAAAAAAGGAAACGAUCGUGGCGACGAUCGUGAAAGGAACCUUAAUGCGUUUACACACGGACACCGUUUUGUACGAAGAAUCGCGUAGGUGGGGACGAUUGUCACUUUAGAUUAGUCUGCUGUCAAUAUAACUAGAACUAUAAUUUUGAAUGUAACAUGUAUCAUACUGAUUAUUACCUAGAUAAGGGAACCGUACCGAUUAAAAAGUUAGCGCACGAUUAUAUCAGACAUUAGGUUUAAUAAUAAAUGAUGUCCAAGGGACAUUUUCAUUUUUGAAGA